AUGUGGACUUGGGUGCUAGAUAGCUCGGGUUCGUUCUCUGUUUGCAGUGUCAAAGAGUGCCUUCAGAAGCGGUUUUUCUCGAAUCUGCAGGUGGAUUAUGAGUGGAAUAAUUGGUGUCCUAAAAAGGUAAACUUUCUGAUUUGGAGGCUAAUACAAGACAAGAUCCCGACGUAUGCGGCUUUGGCGAGACGGAACAUUCUACUCCAAGAUGAUACCUGUAAGCUGUGUGGUGAAGAGGUUGAAUCAGCUUUGCAUUUAUUUGCAUCAUGCAGAAUCGCGGAACAAGUGUGGGAAUUCGUAUCUCGAUGGUGUCAAAUCCAACAGGUCUACGCAUUAGAGCUAAAGGAUUUGGCGAAUAUACACAAAAAUAAUAAUGGUUCUCAAAGGUGGAAGAAAGUGGUAAGCAUGGUGACCAAAGCAGCCAUUUGGGUUAUUUGGAGGAGCCGAAACGUGGCGGUAUUCGAAGGGAAACAGCCUUGUGUGAACAGGAUGAAAGAAGAAAUCAAGAUGGUUGGAUACAUGUGGUUAAAAAGUAGGGUCAAGAACGUUAAUAUCUCAUGGGGUGAGUGGUGUAAUUUCGAUUUACUUAGCAUUGGUGUAUAA